AUGACAACAACAUUAAUUAUUGAACGUAGUAAUAAUCACAGAUGUUCAUUCCCAUUGGAAGAAACACAAUCAACAUACAAAAAAUCUUAUUUUAAAUUCUAUCAACAUAAAUUACGACAAUUAUUGACAGAAAAUCGAUAUCGUCAAGAACAUUAUAUUAAAUAUUCCAAAAAAAAUCGAGUAAAAACUCAAUUCAAUCAUAAACUAUUACAUAAAGAAUAUAUGAAUCAUAUAGGACAAACUAUGAAAAUGCGAUUACAAAAUGAUAACUAUGGAAAAAAACCGACUAGUGUUUUAUCAAUUGCUAAUCGGCGUAAUCAUGCUACUGUUUCGGUUACUAUUACAUCAACGAGUAUUUCAACAACAAAUACAAUCAUAUCAACAGAAUUCGCACCAAAAUCUAUUUUAAAAACUAAACAACCAUCAUCAUUAUCAAAAUCUCAACGUGUAUCAAGUGCUCCAACGAAUAAUGAAAAAGGUCUUCGUAAAAAAGUAUUAAUAAAACUUCCAACAAUCGAAAUCAAUUGUGCUGAUGAUGAUGAUAGUGAUGAUGAUGAUCGUUUAUCAAAAUCUAAUGCUUAUUCAUAUACACAAAUAUCAUCAUCAUCUCAAAAUGAUAGUUAUAACAAUCAUCAAUAUGCUCGAAAGUCAGUACUUAAUACAAUCAUGUUACAUCUUAAUUCAAAUACACCACCGGAUGUUUCAAAAUGGGAUUUAUAUCGUGAUUUCGAUGAUAAAUUUUCUGCCAGUAUAUCUCCAACAGUUUAUCGAAAUUUUGAACGUAUUAUUCUUUAA